UCACAACACAUGUCUUGAUUUUCCAAAAUUCUUAUAACUUUUGCAUCUAAUUUGUCCUUUUCAGAAUAUAUUUGCCGUUUAUAUCAGUUUAGACAGACUGGCCUACCGUAAUUGAAAUAUGGUAAACCUCCGCCCUAUAUACCGAGGACUAAGAAUUCGAAUUGCAAGACAUGGAUGUGCCAACAGACCUUUCUACCAUGUAGUAUGCAUGGAUAGGCAUCGUGCAAGAGAUUCCCGCAUUCAUGAACAACUUGGAACAUAUGAUACUCUCCCCAACAAAAAUUCUGAAAUUCUGGUCUCCCUCAAUUUUGAACGUAUACGAUAUUGGUUGGGAAGAGGUGCUAUUCCAUCAAAACCAGUCAAAGAAUUAUUUGGUUUGGCUGGCUUCUUCCCAAUCCACCCAAUGACUUUUAUAAAGGCAAAACGUAAUCGAUCAGAAGAGGAAAAAGUUCAACAGUUGGAAUCUUGGAAAACUGAGAAAGAAAAAAGUGAAGACAACAACUGAACACUGUGAGAGACUUUUGGAAUAUAUGUGACUUCUGUUGAAAGUGACUGUGGCAGCAAUGCCAACACUUGAAAAGAAAAAUGACAUAAAAGCUUGUUUUUGUGUAAAAUUUUGUAAAUAAAAAUGUUUAUU